CCAUUUUGUGUCCAAUGAGCAAGGAACGCGAAAAUAUUGUUUUGCCCCUUUAUAACUGGAGCAGGCGAACCGGAUGAACGGGUGGACAGUGGCGCGCAUUCGGCACGUGGAAGGCGAGCGUUGCGGACGUCUGACGAAAAUGCCAUCAUUCUUCGACUGAGUGAUGGGCUGCGGUUCGUCCAUGGAGACACAGUCAAGUGCUAGUGGACCGUUGCCACCGAAUGGCGCGUUGCGUCUGCAAGAAAAUGGCGGGCCCAAAGUAACGAAUAUUGUGCAGCAAUAUGUGCGCCUAGAUGAGCAGAUCAGUAAAUUGGAGGGUACCUGUCCGGGUCCGCGCAUGGCCACUGCCGAGGCAUGGAUCGAACAUUUGCAGGCCAAACGCGAUGUUAUGCUGGGCCUGGACGGCAUGGAACAUAAUGUUCGUCCAACUACAACGCAAAGCCAAACGAACCGACAGGGCGAGGUGGAGGCACAUCAAUUAAGUAGCUACCCCUUGACAUUGGGCAGCGAGCGUGUGGGCAAUGAAAUCGUUGCUAAUACGCCCACCAAGGACUUGGCCCAGCUGGCGCAUAAUUUAGGCGUGAUUGGUGAUCCACGCAAGGCUUCCAUGCAUGAGGACUUCUUUGCCAAUUUGAGCGAGUCGGCGCUCUACUUACUUAGCAUACGUUAUUAUGGGGAACUCCUGGAACAUACCAAGCAGCGGUUCAAAGCUCUGUCCGCCAGCUAUGCGGAGCUCAAUGACCUCUACGUGAAUCAGGAUGGCAUUAUUGCCUACAUAAGUGGCGGCACCUAUAUGACGCGCCUCGAGGAAACCAUUGAUGAGCAGCUGGAGGUAGCGCGCGACACACGUGACAAACUGGGCAGCGCGCUGGAACAGUGGCGUAUCUGUGGCUUACUAUUACGUGCCGCAGCCAACUCAUCCACGCAGGCGCUAAAGCAGUGGCGCCAGUUAAAUAGGCUAAUUGAUCCUAAGCAAAAAUUGCAAGUAGCACUGGACUGUCGCAGCUUGCUACAUGCGUCACUUACCUCCCUGGAAGCGGCACAAUUGGCGCUGCCACAUGUGGAGCUCAAAUACAUCAGCAAUCGUCAGGUGCUGGCUGUUAAUCACUGCAAUACGUAUUUGAUCACAGAUAUUGCGAAUGCAGCUCGGUAUGAGCACACGACUCGUGUCUUUACCAGUUACGAAGUGAAUAUGUCUAAGACCUGCACCUGGCUCUAUGAUACAUUCAAUAAAACUCUUCGCAGCGAUUUUGAUAAGGCGGAGGAAACGGUGCGACGGUUGGCGCGAACUUUGCGAGAGCAUCGGGAGGAGACUUUUAGUACGGCUGGCAAAUGAAUUACCGUUUCCCUUA